UCCCACUCUAUAUAAGAGCCCGGCGCCGGCCAGUCAAACCUCAAAAGUCACAAGAAAGCUCCAUCAGUUAGCAUUUAGCAAUAACCAGCCACCCAAUUCGCCUCAAGGGAUCCACCGAUCUGUCGCGAGAGGUUUUUGCCAAUUUUCUCGUCGGUUUCGGAGAGAUCACCGCCAGCGGGCAAUGAAGCAAAAGAUGGUGAUCAAGGUGAGCAUGCCGUGCGAGAGGAGCCGGUCCAAAGCCAUGACGCUUGCCGCCAGAGCAGAUGGGGUGAUAUCGAUGGCGAUCACCGGCGACGCGAGGGAGAAGCUGGAGGUGGUCGGCGACGGCGUCGACCCGGUCAGGCUGGUCAGCUGCCUGCGCAGGAAGGUCGGCCACGCCGAGAUCCUGCAGGUGGAGGAAGUGAAGGACAAGAAGCCCGAGGAGAAGAAGAAGCCGGAGGAGCCCAAGCCGCCGCAGCCCGUGGCCGUGCACCCGCCGCCGCAUUGCUAUCCCGGAGGCUACCACUACUACCGCCACCCGCCGCCGAUGGUCGUCUGCGAGGAGCCGAGCGGUUGCCCCAUCAUGUAACUAAAACAGCUGACAUAAAUAAUUGAGAUCGAUUUUGUCAUAUAGGUAGACCUGUAUUUGUCAGCAAUUCAAGGAUUUGUGCAAAAUAAAGUUGAAUUUGCGGAGCC